GUCUCCCACCCUCCCGUGCGCCCUCACACUCCCAUUCUCGCUUCCGAAGAAAGACCGUUGAUCGUUCUUCACUCCCUCCUCAUCCCUCUCUCCCUCACCUCCUCAUCCGCUGACGGAGCGUUGUUGCUUUCUGCGUAAUCAACUCUCGACCCUUCUUCCUCUCACCCGAAACCCCCCCCCCCCCUUCCUCUGAACCGUCGCGGAAGCCUCGCAAACAGCACUUCCCCCGGCCCUUCCGGACGUUUCCUUUGGAUUGGAGUGCCCCACAACAUGAAGUCACCUGCAUCGAAAUUGUUUCCAGGAAUGCUGGACACGCAUCCAUCUUUCAAGAAGCAGAGCCUGAUGGGUUGGCCUUCGAUUCCGGGCUUCCACAGGGUUCGGAGGAAGUUUGCAUCUCGGAUGAGGAGUGGGCAGUCACCAACCUCCAACCUUUCGACCUUGCAAACAUCCUACGAUCCUGCCGACACCAUCCGUGCACUCAGGGCUCAUCGUUGGAGUUAUUGGGACGGUCAAUACCUGUUUCUCGUCAUCUUGGGAAUCUUCUGUUUGUCCGUAAUAGAAACGCCGGGUGCAAUCAUUAAAACCUUAAUUUCCACCCUUUUAAUUACCUCUCUUAUCUUGCCCAUCACGCGACAGUUCUUCCUGCCAUUUCUGCCCGUUGCUGGGUGGUUGGUCUUGUAUUACGCAUGCAGGUACAUUUGGACUUUGCUCUUCCUCUUUUUCCAUAUUCCUCCUUCUUGAGGCUUCCCGUUGAAUCUGUCACGUGGACGGGAAUCCGUUUAUCCGUCUUGUUGUUGCUAGCCACUAACAUGGUUGAUUUUUUUGAAGGUUUAUCCCCUCCGAUUGGCGCCCUCCCAUUUGGGUUCGUGUGCUUCCCGCUCUCGAGAACAUCAUCUACGGCGCCAACCUUAGUAACAUCUUGUCAAAAAACACCAAUGCACUCUUGGAUGUCCUUGCAUGGCUUCCUUAUGGUGUUAUUCACUUUGGUGCACCGGUUGUCUGCUCCGCCGUCAUGUUCAUCUUUGCGGCACCCGGAACUGUUCCUGUCUUUGCCCGUAGUUUUGGUUACAUGAACAUCAUUGGUGUCGCCAUCCAAUUGAUGUUCCCGUGCUCUCCACCUUGUAGGUCUUCAUCUCAUUUGAUGGCACGUUUGACUUUGUAAACUAAACCUUGGAACUAGGGUAUGAGAAUCUUCACGGGCUGGCUCCUGCCAAUUACUCGAUGCCGGGAUCACCGGCGGGUCUUGCUCGUAUUGAUAAGCUGUUUGGCUGGAACACUUACACUUCCACCUUUACCGCCGCUCCAUUGGUCUUUGGCGCCAUGCCAUCCCUCCACGCCGGCUGCGCAACCAUCGAGGCUUUGUUCAUGGGACACGUCUUCCCUCGUGCGAAAUGGCUUUUCUACACUUAUAUCCUCUGGAUAUGGUGGGCCACCCUAUACCUCCAGCACCACUAUGCUGUGGACCUCAUUGCGGGCAGUUUCCGUAAGUUCUAAGAAUUCUCACUUUUUUGCUCAAAUUAAUUGUUGUUUAGUGGCCACUUGCACCUUCUAUGUUGCAAAAACCAAGUUCCUCGCGAGGCUUCAACCCGACAAGGAAUUCCGAUGGGAUUACGACUUUUUGGAAAUCGGCAAUGGCCACUCGCCCGACUAUGCCUUCGGUAUGUCUGAUUUCAGUGGUGAUUACCAUUCUGAGGAUGAUGAGUGGACAACCGGUUCCUCAUCCUCGGUUUCUUCCGGAUGCCGAAGCCCUGUUGCAGGCCACUCGGAUACCGAGGGCAUUGAUGUGGUUAUCGAUGAUCGUCGAUAGUUGCAGCUGUGUAUUGCACAAGAUCCAUAUUCAACACUUGAGACAUUAUGAUCGCCACCGCAUGGUCUACCUAAAGCGAGGGCAUUCAGUAACGAGUAACGAGUAUGCAUUGUGAUCAUUGUGAUCAGCACUGGAUCGUGGCCGAUUUCGCUUACUGGCCGGGUGGUUUUUUCUUUCUUUUUUUUCUUUUUCCUUUGUACUUUAUGAUUACGGCGAUCAUGGUAUGGUGUUUGCUCUUAUUUACUUUUUUUCUUUUUUUCUUCAUACUCCCCUUUUUUGGACAGCAUUUAAUGAUUCAACCGUACAUAUACGACAACCAGCAUGGGCAGAUAAUAUUGUGGUUUACGACCUGGGGCAUAAAUAAUGGGUUUCAUCUUUGACUUCUGUUUUUUCUUUCAAAGAGAGGUGUAAUGUGUAUUGUGGGGCGAUGUUGUCUCUUGCGGCUUCUGCAGAAACAAUUGGUCUCUAUUCUUUGAUACCUUUGGCGACAUAUCUUUCUCGGGUCUAAUUUUUUUUCACUUGUUUUUCUCGCCCGUUCCCUCUGUUGCCUUUUGGUAUCAAGUGUGGUUGCGAAGGCUUUUCAUGCUGGGAAGUUACUAAUGCCUAAUGAUGUAGGGGGCUAGCCUUUUUUUUUUCUCCUUCAGUGCCCCCUGCACUACUUCUCUAGUUGGGCUCGGUUUUAAUACCUUUUCUUUUUUUUGCCCCGCUUGUCGAUACUUUAGUGGCAGUGGUAUUUAUUUCUGAUGUAAUUUUUCCUUUCGCUUCUUACUUUCGCUUUUUUUUUCAGGUUUUGGCUGAAGGAGUCUCUUAGAUAGGCGUUCAUCUGUUCGUUCGUUAAGUAUUCUGUUACUGGGAUAAAUUAGGCUUGUUGGGAAAGGGGAGGUGUGGGGGCUUGGUAUAAGGAUUAGCAGACGGUGUCUUGGAGGGGGGGGGAAGUGCUUGAGGUGGAGGGAGAUGACUUGCUUUGAGAUGGGGUGCACUCGGGUUGGUUGGUGUGAGUGGUGGUGUGAUUGCUCUUAUGAAUAGCUCUCGUGCCAUUGAUAUGGGAUAUACCUUUGCGCUGCGUGACGGGAUUCUUGGAGCGAAUAUCUGGCUGGCUUGUGUUUACGGCAAUUUAAUGUUCAUCUCGUGUGAUGCGGCG